AUGACAGCACCGACGCCUCCCGGCCGCCGCCGCCUCGUCGGCCUCUCCUCCAAGAUGUACUUCUCCCUCGACCAGACCCGCGACUACACCGCCGACCUCCUCACGCGCCUCGCCGCCCUCCCGCCCUCCGACCUCUCCAGCAUCGACAUCUUCAUCCUGCCCGACUUCCUGACCGUGCCCUCGACCGCCGCGCAAGUCCGUGCCUCCUCCUCCCCCGUGUGGGUCGGCGCGCAGGACUGCCACUGGGAGGACCGCGGCGCCUUCACCGGAGAGGUGAGCCCUGCCGCGCUGGCCGCCGCUGGCGCGCGCAUCGUCGCCGUCGGACACGCCGAGCGCCGCCGGCUCUUCGCCGAGGACGACGCUCUGGUGCUCGCGUACGAGCCGGUCUGGGCGAUCGGCGCCGCACAGCCGGCCGGCGACGCGCACGUGCUCGCCGUGGUGGCCGGUCUGCGCGCGCUGGACUGCGUACAGGGGAGGAGCGGCACGACGCGGAUCGUGUACGGUGGGAGUGCCGGGCCAGGGCUGUUUGAGCGCCUCAAGACCGGGCUCGACGGGUUGUUCCUCGGCCGCUUCGCGCACGACCCGGAGCGCUUUGUUCAGACUGUCAAGGAAGUGGCCGAGGCCGAGGUUUAG